CGGGAACAAACAAACAAACGGACAAACAGCAGGCGCCAACAAAAACCACUUACAACUCCUCCACAAAUGGCAGUAACUGACAUGGGCCACUGCCGGUGCGCCACUGGGGCGCAUCAUAUUCCAACUCUCUUUGUUUACUACUCCAUAAAUGUCCAUCCUCCGAUACUGCCUUCAGCCUCUCCCUUGUUUACCUGUAGGGAGAGAGAGGCUUAAUUAUUGUUCACCGAAAUGUUAUCUGGUGGAUAUUUUUCUUCUUCUUCCCUUCAUUACCAUCCUAUUUCCGUCCGAGUAAACAUGGCAGUUUGGACGGACCACCAAUAAAAGCAGUGGGGGGCAAUAAAAAUCAUCGACUUCUUCCCCCUCUUCUUCUUCUCAGUACCUUUACGUGCAGUGUACUUUGCGCGAUGUCCGCUGUCUACGCUGCGUCGUUGCUGCUCUUCCUCACCGCCUUCUUCCUCCGCCCUAGGAUCUCCCUCUCCGCCACCAACCUCCGCGUCGGCUACUACUCCGAGACCUGCCCCUCCGCUGAGCGCCUCGUGCGGGAGGCGAUCCGGGCGGCGAUGGCCCGCGAGCCGCGGAGUGGGGCCUCCGUCAUGCGCCUCCAGUUCCACGACUGCUUCGUCAACGGUUGCGACGGGUCCGUGUUGCUCGACGACACGCCGACCAUGGUCGGCGAGAAGCUGGCUCUGUCCAACAUCAACUCGCUGCGGUCCUUCGAGGUGAUCGACGAGGCGAAGACGGCGGUGGAGAAGGAGUGUCCCGGCGUCGUCUCCUGCGCCGACAUCGUCGUCAUCGCCGCCAGAGACGCCGUCGCCCUGAGCGGAGGGCCGGAGUGGGAAGUGAGGCUCGGCCGGGAGGACAGCCUGAUCGCCAGCCAGGAGGCGUCGGACGAGAUCAUGCCCAGCCCCAGGGCCAACGCCACCGCCCUCAUCAGCCUCUUCGCCCGCUUCAACCUCACCGUCGUCGACCUGGUCGCGCUCUCCGGCUCCCACUCCAUCGGAGAAGGCCGCUGCUUCUCCAUCGUCUUCAGGCUCUACAACCAGUCCGGCACGGGCAGGCCCGACCCCGCCAUGGACCCUGACUACCGCGAGAAGCUCGACGCGCUGUGUCCCCUGGGCGGAGACGGCAACGUCACCGGCGGGCUCGACGCCACGCCCACGGCCUUCGACAACCAGUACUUCAAGGACCUGGUGCAGCUGAGGGGGUUCCUGAACGCCGACCAGACGCUCUUCUCCGGCGGCGAGACGGCGACGAAGGAGGUGGUGGAGAGGUUCAGCAGGGAUCAGGGAGCUUUCUUCGCUGCCUUCGUCGAGGGGAUGAUCAAAAUGGGGGAGUUGCAGACGCAGCAGAGGGGAGAGAUCAGGCGGAACUGUCGGGUAGUCAACGACAGGCGACCGACCGCCGUCUUCUCUGAAUUUUGAUGUAUCAACAGAGAUUUUCAUGCAAUAAAGCUUCAUAAUUCGGAAUCUUAUACUU